GGCUGCUGGGGCGCGGGCGGCGGAGGCCGCGGAGGUCUGAGGGCCGCGGCCCAGGCCGGGCUCUUUCUGUCUGUUGUGCGAUGGCGGCCGCCGCGGCGGUGGUCCCGCCGUCGGGUUUGGAGGAUGGGGUGUCCCGGUCCCGCGGCGAAGGGGCGGGGGAGGUGGUCGUGGAGCGGGGCCCCGGCGCGGCCUACCACAUGUUCGUGGUGAUGGAGGACCUGGUGGAGAAGCUGAAGCUGCUCCGCUAUGAGGAGGAGCUCCUCCGGAAGAGCAACCUGAAGCCCCCGUCCAGACACUAUUUUGCAUUGCCUACCAACCCUGGUGAACAGUUCUACAUGUUUUGCACUCUUGCUGCUUGGCUGAUUAACAAAGCAGGACGUCCCUUUGAGCAGCCUCAAGAGUAUGAUGACCCUAAUGCAACAAUAUCUAAUGUAUUAUCUGAGCUUCGAUCAUUUGGGAGAACUGCAGAUUUUCCUCCUUCAAAAUUAAAGUCAGGUUAUGGAGAGCAUGUGUGCUAUGUUCUUGACUGUUUAGCUGAAGAAGCGUUAAAAUAUAUUGGUUUCACCUGGAAAAGACCAACAUACCCAGUGGAAGAAUUAGAAGAAGAAACUGUUCCAGAAGAUGAUGCAGAAUUAACGUUAAAUAAAGUGGACGAAGAAUUUGUGGAGGAGGAGACAGACAAUGAAGAAAACUUUAUUGAUCUCAAUGUUUUAAAGGCCCAGACCUAUCGCUUGGAUAUGAACGAGUCUGCCAAACAAGAAGAUAUUUUGGAAUCCACGACAGAUGCUGCAGAAUGGAGUCUAGAAGUGGAACGUGUACUACCACAACUGAAAGUCACGAUUAGGACUGACAAUAAGGAUUGGAGAAUCCAUGUUGACCAAAUGCACCAGCACAAAAGUGGAAUUGAGUCUGCUCUAAAGGAGACCAAGGGAUUUUUGGACAAACUCCAUAAUGAAAUUAGUAGGACCUUGGAAAAGAUUGGCAGCCGAGAAAAGUACAUCAACAAUCAGCUUGAGCACUUGGUUCAAGAAUAUCGCGCAGCCCAAGCCCAGCUGAGUGAGGCAAGGGAGCGAUACCAGCAGGGAAAUGGCGGCGUGACUGAAAGGACCAGACUCCUGUCUGAGGUUACAGAAGAACUAGAAAAGGUAAAACAAGAGAUGGAAGAAAAAGGCAGCAGUAUGACUGAUGGUGCUCCUUUGGUGAAGAUUAAACAGAGCUUAACAAAGCUGAAGCAAGAAACCGUUCAGAUGGACAUUCGAAUCGGUGUCGUGGAACACACAUUACUCCAGUCAAAACUGAAGGAGAAGUCCAACAUGACCAGGGACAUGCAUGCCACAGUCAUUCCAGAAUCCACAAUAGGCUCCUAUUAAAACAUACUGGUUUUCA